UUACCGUUUUGUUUUAUUUCUAUGGAAACUUAAAAACAAACCUGGAAAAAAUGUCAUUAAAUACUUUGAUCAGGUUGAACAUCUGAAAAAACACCAGCAUCAUGUCAAAGGAGGUUAACAGAAACACGGUGUUUCAAACCACCAGGGUGCGGAAUGCACUGAAAAAUGACGGCUGUUGGAUCCAUAAAUCCAAGCAGAAGCAAGAAGAAGCGAGGACGGACCGUGCUGUGGAGACCGGACCCUCUUCAGUCACACACUCAUACGUCCUGUCCACAGCCAAGAAAUUUGAAGAUUCUUCUAAUCAGGGAAAUGGUGAAGUUAUUCCUCCCCAAGAAGAUGCUCAGCCUGAGGGGUCAACAGUGGAGACCUCAGAUGAUGCAAAGCCCCAAGCACCCACAGAAGAAGGUAUCCAGAAGGAUGAGGCACAUCCAGAAGAAACAGUUGCCAACACAACUGCAGAAAACAAGUCAAAUGUUGAACAAAAUGUCAGGGCUGCUGACGCCUCUGCAGAAGUUCAUGUUGCAGAACAAAUCCCAAAUGGUGAACCACAGCCAGUUUCUUCAACAGAGGAAAAUCCAGAAGCAUUGUCUCCUGUGGAGCCAGUUGAGCAAACAGUUGCCAACACAAGUCCCGAAAACAAGGGAGAACAAACUGAUAAAACAGUUGACCAGUCAAACGUAGAACACAAUGAGGCCAAGGACUCAGUGGAUGCUCAUAUGGAAGAUCCGGUUGCAGAAACCUCUGUUGUUCCUGAGAAAGGUCUUACAGAACAUGCUGCAGAAGAAAGUGUUGAAGCUGUAGCUGAGGUUGCUGUGGAGUCAUCACCUGAGACACCUGACGUGACAGGUGCAGCAGGAGAGAAUGCUGCUCUCCAAGUGAGUGUGGACCCAGUCCCUGACUUAGUGGCAGAUACUGCAUCUGAAUCACCUACCAAAGCUGCAGCCGAAACUGCAGUUAAGCCUGAAGAGUCUACAGUCGAGUUUGCAGCCUCCGCAGAGCUGGUUUUCAGGACUGGAGCUGAAGAGGUAGUUAAGUGUGAAGUCCAGCCUGUUGAAAACCCUGUUGUCGAGCAAAGUGUUGAGCCAACACCUGAGAGAGCAGCAGAUCAUGUGGUGGAGCUGAGUAUGAAGGAUGCUGUGGAACCUGUAACAUCUUCAGACGCUGAAGCUGCUCAGGAUACGUUCUCCUGCAGACUCAUUGAACUGUCGGAAGCAUUAGAUGUGGAGCCACCGACAACUGAAACUGCUCCUGAGCCUCUGAAGGAUCCAAAACCAUCCCACACUGAGGAGACCAAGCUGAACCAACACCCUGAUGAUACCAACACCACGAAAAGCAAUGUUUGUUCAUUCUGUGAGACAAUAAUGGAUGGAAAAGUCAAGAUCUACCUCAGUGAACCUGCGGUGACCUGCCACCCUGACUGUCUGAAGUGUGGUGUGUGUGCAAAGGCCCUGGGAGAUUUGAUGACCGCCAUGUUCUUGCAUGACCAAGUGGUCAUUGUGGUGGCUGCUUUGCAGAAGCUCUCGAGACCAAAACCUAACUGGGAUGAAUAUGUUGCUCGAGAACACUCAAAGUGUACUGCAAUUCACUGUGUUUGUCCUCACCCUGUACUCUGUCCUGAAAGUUUUUUUUAG